AUGCCCCCAUUAAAGAUGACCGCCAAAAAGUCCACUGGAGGCUUUGCUCCUAGGAUUGUCCUUACCGUCCCUGACCAGGACAUUGUGACCGCGACAACUCAGCAUAUGGAGAUAGACCAGGAUGGGUCUGAGCACAACAAUGCUGAGGACGUCAUCUUCAGAUGCCUCGUGUGCCACAUUGGACGGCAGAGAGACGACGAGAACCGAGAGCCAUACUUCGGUUUUUACAAGGGCGGGCUGCCCAUCUUCAACAAGUUCCUCCCAGUCCGCGCCACUCUCGAAGUGUCUAAACGAGCUCAGAUCUCGUCCUCCCCGGUGCUUUUCCUUCAUCUAAAUCUGGUCGAUAACGAUACUACCGGCGGACCGUUCAAAUUAGCCUAUCAAUUCAUUCAACCGUACUUUCCCCGAGGGGGGCUGCGUUAUCAAGAGGUGUCGUUCGACAUUGCAACGCCCCAGAAGUUAACGGAGUAUCUAAAAGACGCAUCCAGAAUGGUGCAGGAUCUCCGGAAACAGCGAAUCUGGCCUCGCAUUGUCAUCGCCAUCACAAACCACACGGACAACGACAGUGGCGAUCCGUUCGCAGGUUACGUCAAUGGAAAAUACAUUUCCGCCGCAAUAGACGAGUUCCUCACAGUCAUCCUCAAGCCAUGGAAGCAAUUGAUCAGUGACGCCGGGGAAUCCUUCCUGUGGUUUUUCUGUUGCGGUGCAUUGAUUAACAACGUGGAUUCUUUCAACCUGCUGAGGAAAUCUAUACUAUCUCACCGUAUCUCCGCAAGCGUUGCUUUCACGGCGCGUCGGUUCCAGCCAAAUUUCGCAUGCCACCUGCUACUUGCCUUCGUCGAACUCGUCCUCAUCGAAUGCGUCUCGAUAACAUACGCGUUUCCUCACAUGCUUGGCCAGUCCAACAAACUUGGACGCCACACGGACAUCAUUUUAAUGCUGACCGAUACACUCACCGGAGAAUUGAGGACGACGAAAUAUAGUUGGGCUAAUUCCGAUCAUCGUCCUUGGGGACACAGCUUGCCAAUCCAAUGCCCGGAUUGUGG